GGAAAAGAGCACUUCCUGUCAUUCUAGUUCCGGUGUUUUGGUUGUGACGUCAGUGACGUGCUCUGCAUUUCGAGGCAUUUUCGAGGCAUCGUCAAGUGGUUCUCUUACGAAGAUUGCCUGUUAGUUAAGAAGCCUUAUUGUUUGUCCAUCGUCUCAGCACAGAGUUGAAAUGAUGCUGUCGUGGAUGGAAAAGAUCCCGGACCAAGUAGGAUAUCUGGUGCUCAAUGCUGAUGGCGGUGUCAUGAGCUCGGGAGGCGAGCUUGAAAACGAAGAGCGUAUCGGCGAGAUCAUCCGCAAGAUGGUUUACUGUGCAGACAGGCGUGAUCUACUGCCUUCAGACAGCAGUGAUGCAAUCAACCGCAUGUCAAUUUACCUCGGGAAGUACUACUAUGUUGUGACCCUUUCAAGCCAAAAAAUUUUCAUAUCCAAGAGAGAGUAUCUGCCAGUUGAGCCAGUUGUUGUCUAGAUUAUACUGUACUGUACUGUACAAUAGGCUCUGUAACUUCUGUAAAUAAAAUUUAUUGUUCCCAAGU